GCAAACAAAGGGCUGAGUUUGUUUACACGCUAUUUGAUCUGAACGGUUCACUUUUUUUGCCUUAUAUUUUCUUGUUUUGUUUAGACUUAGACUUAUUACUCUAUUACGUUGGGCGACCUUUGUCAAGAUUGCCAAAAAAAAAAAAAAAAAAAAAAAGAAGAAGAAGCAUACUUUUGGAGUCACGCUUCGAUGUAUCUUUCCAGACCACCAAAACCGUCCGAUGGCCCGACCGCAGUAACGGCAUCAGAGGACAGCGGGGGAGAUCCACCACCCGUGUGUGCCACUGGAGCGCAAACAUCCCGUUUGAACCGCGAGUCAACUGGAGGAGGAGAACCGGAUUCGCCUUCCUGGGCCAGAACCCCGACGAGCUUUGCGGCUUAUCAGAGCAGAACAAUAUUUCGCUUCCCUCGCCGUUCCUCCAGUGGAUAUUUUUCCAUGGAGUGCGACUCGAUGCCGAGCUCCCCGCUCUCCCCGAAGCCAAUGAUGGCUGACAAAGCGAUACAGACCCCAAGCCUCUCAAGCCAGGUGCUAACGCACGCCCUGCAGCGCAUGGGUGAAGUACGCGACGAAGGACCGGAGACGAACCAACAACAGGGUCACUCACCCAGCCCCUCUAGGACGCGGCAGCAAAACGCAGCAGGGGACAUGCAAGCAGAGAAUUUCGGCCGACGGCUCAGAACAAUAGGAGACGAGUAUAAUCAAUUGCUUUUGCAAAGGAGGGCACCUAGAGCACCGGUGGUACUCCUACCAAACAUACUGCCACAUAUCCACCAGGAGCCCAUCACCCUGGUCUGCGUGGGCCUCCUGCUCAUUCUGAUCGGACGAUGGAUGUACUUGCAAGGAAGUAUGAACAGCCAGGACCACGCUCAGGUUUAGCCUGAGUGGCCCUAAAAACCCAGCAGACGUAGCAAACAUAUCUGUUUUUGGAUCUACUUUUUUGUUUUGGGGGACCUACUUUUUAGCCUGUUUUCUCCCCUUUUCUAGUUGAAAAAAAGACUUCUGUUGUGCCCUGGACUUCUAAAGCUUUUUUUUUUUGCACCACUUUUUUUUUUUUUCCAUCAUGGCCUCAAAGCCUGUGUGAUGCUACCAAAGAGGCAAGAUUUUGCACUCGUUUGUGGGCAGGGGUGGUCACAUUAUCUUAACGCCUGUGGAGAUGUGCCUUAAACAGUUUCUCGUUUACUUUUCUAGCUUCUUUUACAGCUUUUUUUUUUUUUGUACAGAGAUUAUGAGCUCUCCAGGUCAAAAAUUCUCCAUAACCAGUACCGUUGAUUUACCUGGACCAAGUCUGGAAAAUCCCUCUCUUUUCCUUUGGAUGGCUUUGGAUUGAAAUUGCACUCACAUCACAUGUGACUUCAUCAUGCAGCAGACUCAUGACCUCUGUAGGAAACAACCGGACUGGACUUGCAUUAAUAUCCAACUUUUUUUGUCAUGGUUUCAUGUCGCUUUGCUAAUGAACUGGACACCAAUGUUACCAAUUAUUUUGUUGCAUCUUAAUCUGGAUUAUUAGGUACUUUUGAUAUAUACCAACCCAGUGUGUGUGUGUGUGUUUGUAUUUCAUGACAACUUCAACAGCAGUUGGUACACAAUAGUUAAUAAUGUUAAUGAACUGAGAAAGCCCAAGUAGAUUCUGCCCUGUGUAGCUUUUAGAUUACAUAAAAAAAAAAAACCUUGUUAAUAACAGAAGAUGAUCUCCAACUUAACUUGCUGCUGUAGCAGCUACAAGCCUUCCAGCCUCCACUAGAGACCUCAAAAUUUUUGGUUAUACCACCAAAUACUAUUUGUGCACACGGUUUCUUAAAAAUGACAUUAAAAAGCAAUAAGUUUUCUUCUUUGCUCAUUUUGUACUCAGCAUUAAAACAAACAAACAAACAAAAACUGGUUAAUGACCAAAAGUUGGAGCUGAUAGUUCCAUCUUUGUUCAAUAAAAAAAUUGAGAGGAAUUGUUACUAGGUUGCAGUCCGGUUAGCAGAGGGGCGGUGAUGAACAAAGUGAUUGACAAAACCAGUAAAUAGUGUCAUUUCGUGACGUCUUGUUUAUGCAUUAUGCAAAUCUACAAACUUUAAUUUGAGAGUAACAGUCAAAAAUGUUGUUCUUUAAUAAAUAAUCAACCAUUUCUGUCUUCCACCUUUUUUCGUUAAACGCCUGGUUUUGCCAUUAGCAGGCAGAGUGAAUGCAGCUGGCAAGCAGUGGUUUGUUGACAAGGUUAUGAUAUCCGUUUAUUAGCACAGUAAUUCAGACCUGGCCAAGUAUCCUCGUGCCUGCCAGGUCAUUAAAUAACCAGAGAGAUUUGGACAGAGACCAAACGUUGAAUAAUACAGAGUCAAAAAGUCUUAAAUAACUGAAUAGUUAGCAAACAGUGGAAAUACAGGCUUCAGAUUAAAAACAUUUAUUUGUAUCUUUGAACUCUUUAUGCCAAAUAAACCCUUUGUUCUGUUAGAAUGAAAAGAAUUGUCAAAAUCGGCUCUUUUAAAAAAACAUUUUUAUGUGUUAGCUUAUGUUACUAAAGUAAAUGUUACCACUUAUACCUGAUUAAAUCUGAAGUAAAUGCAACAGCGGAGCACAUUGGAAAAGGAGGAUGGUUUUCAUGCAAAAAGUAUCCUCUUUGUGUGUACAAAUAUCUGAAUUUACUCUCACUAGAAGGUUUCAGUUAAAAAGAAUAUAUCAGUCCAUUCUGUCAACUUCAAACAUGGUUAGCUAUUUGAAUAUAAUGUGGUGGAAAAUAAUUAUACAAGAAUACGCUUGACCAAAGCACUUUAUAAUACCAAAGGUGCAUGCUUCUACUAGGAAAGAAGUUAAAGGAAUCAAGUGUGUACUACAGUUUAUUGGAGGUGGGAAUGCAUGGAAACAAAAUCAAUCAGUCACUGAAGUCUUACUAAUCUGGAACAUUUGUAGUAAAUUUCACCUUUAAUCCAAGUUCUGCCUGUUGGAGGUAAACCAUGCACAACAACUGUGGUUUUCACGGUUCCCCUGCUGCCACAGGGACCAGUAAUAUGCUCCUUAUGACAUGGCUCAUGAAAAUUAGGAAAAGACUAAUACCAUACACAAGGAACACGAAGGUAGCAUUUAUACUCUGUUUAAUGGGCGUUUUGGGAAACUAUUCACAUUAUUGUCCCUACCUCCUUUAAAGAAUGGUGCACAGCCAACUCCUUGAACUUUUUUGUCAAACUUUACAGAGCAUCAGACAGUCCCAGACAAGGCCUAACUAGGUUUGGAUCUGUCAUGCUUUGCUCAUUGAGCCACACAGUAGAAAGCAUAAAAUACUGUAUUUCAAAAGUCCAGUGUGAACACUGAACAAUAUUUGUGCACAGCUCAUGUUUUCCAGGUUGGUUUAAAUGGUACAAGUGAAAUAUUUCCAAGUUCUGUGACAUAAUAUAUGUUGACGGUAGCAAUAAUCAUAAAGUCACAUGGGCAAGUGUGUGUGUCUGUUUUUAAGUGUGACACAAACAAAAAUAGGGAAGUUUUUGGGGGGAUGUACUGUGCUUUUAUGUGUGACACAGGUGUUGGAUUUAAACUUCAAAACCAAAGUAGUUCAAUCACUGUUGACAACUUUCUGUGAGGUUAGCCCAGAAGUUUGUUGUAACACAGCAAUAAUCAAAUGUAUGUUUGCACAGUUGUGUCAACACCACUGAAAAUCACUGAUACAUUAUUAGUGCUGGCAUUCAUUAUUCUUAUAUAGGAAUUUCAGCUACUCUGUCAACUGUGUAAUCUUACAUUUUAAUAGUUGCUCAUCAGCCACAAAUGAUUAUUUUCAAGCUUCUUCCCGUGAUAUGAUGAAAUAAAAUCAGACUGCUCACUUACUGAAGGUUUUGAAGGCAUUAUGUAAAAGAUAUUUGGGAUUGAUAGUCAUUAGAAGAAUCUGUGAUUGUAUACUGAAAAAUCCACCUCUGACAGCAGUGUCAUAUUUUAAGUUAAUAGUCAUAAAGACAUUCAAGUACUGGCUUAUUGGAAUUAGCUGGGGUGGAUAACAUAACCACAGAGAUGCAAAUCAACCACAAAGAGCUCUUACCAAUGUAUUGUUUAUUAUUUCCAAGAACCACAUGUGCCCCCUUCUGUUAACAAAAUUGCCACAAUGCAGUGCUUGAAACCUGUAACACACUACUUUCUGUAUCUGGUUGUAUUUUCUCAUUGUUCUAUCUUUUCGUACUGGAGAAAUGCUUUGCAUACUGUGUAACCGUUCAGAUUUGUGACACACGGUGUCUUUUAGGAAUUGCAGAGGUCCCGGGCCUGUGUUCAUGUGCACAAAACUUAGUUGCUUUGCUUUGUCUCCACUGUGACACUGAGAGCGCUGUAAUUGCGUGUUGAUUUUUGAUAUCGUGCCAUGUGAAACCUACAACCUCAUUUUGAAGUACUGUAUUACAGCUGGAGUGUGAGAGGAGAGCAUGGCAGGGAGGAAACUGAAAGAUGAAUUAACGGCUUCUGAAACUGAUAUGGAAACCUGGUAAUGUGCAGAUUCUUCGCAUAUCAUUUGUAGGUGUUAGUGCACAGAAACACUUGUGUUACAUUCAGGGUUUUUACUGACUUGCUUCAAUACUGCUGGGGCUGCGUUCACAAAUUGUGCUGUGCUCUUCGGGCUCUUUGGAUAAACCUCAUCUAUUAUCUACAUGCAGUUACAGUUUUUGACAUAUUUGUGUGUCAGCAGUGCCUAUUGAUAAAAGUGGUCAACACGGCAAGAAAAAUGUGAUUUUUCAAUAAUCGAUUUGACAAAAAAAAAAAAUCAACAGAUGUAAUAUUCAUCUGCGGAUCACUCUCGCUUGCUAAAUGUCUAAAGUUGCAAAAUGUUUUGAGGGUUUUCCUGAAAUGACUGUGUGUUUCUAAUCCUCCCACAACUUUUAAAUGGGAUCAUAUGUGGGUUUCCUUUCAUGACUAUUCAAUUAUAUAACCCUCAAAUAUAUAUAUUUAUAUAUAUAGGAGUUUGGCAGUUUGCUAUUGUGUGACAUGAUGAUGCCACACAGUAGCAAAGAGAACACCAGAGGUUUAAUGGGUAACCCCUGAUUGUAAUUUUAUGGCUUUUCAAAGGUGUGAUAAACACACAUAAUUUUUCCAUGAGAUUAAUCAUAUGUAAAAAUUACAUACCGAUUUUAUCUGUAGGCGUUCUGUUAAGUGGGAUCAAACAUUUAACAUUAUCCCAAAGAAGCCGCCCUUUCAAAGUUUAAAACUUUAUCACAUAACUCUUAAAAGGAAAAUGUAAACUUUAUUCAGUGGAAUCGUUAAAUACAUAAAACACACAGUAUAGUCGACCCAUAGACGCAGUGGGUUGUUUUGCUUUAGCUGCAAGUGCUGUACAGAAAUGCAUCUCUUGGAUGGAGCUUGUUUGUGUAUGAUCUGAGACAAACAAAUCCAAAUGACCCAGUACAACUGUAGCAAUUUUUUCUUUUUUGUUGAUAUUUUAAUUGUACACUGAAAUGUAUGUAAUUAUUUGUUUUGUAAAUAAAACCUUUUACAUUAAAGCCAUCCUUCCAUCUAUCCAUCCAUCCAUUUUCUUCUGCUUAUCCA